AUGUCUGCAAUACGUAAAAAGUUGGUAAUUGUUGGUGAUGGAGCUUGCGGAAAGACUUGUCUUUUGAUUGUAUUUAGCAAAGACCAGUUUCCAGAUGUUUAUGUCCCGACUGUCUUCGAGAAUUAUGUUGCCGACAUUGAAGUGGACGGGAAACAGGUUGAGUUAGCUUUAUGGGAUACAGCUGGCCAAGAAGACUAUGACCGCCUUCGACCACUCAGUUAUCCAGACACCGAUGUUAUUCUUAUGUGCUUCAGUAUUGACUCUCCGGAUUCUCUUGACAACAUUCCAGAGAAGUGGACACCCGAGGUCCGUCAUUUUUGUCCAAAUGUGCCUAUCAUUUUGGUUGGCAAUAAAAAGGAUUUGCGUAAUGACCCGCAAACAAUUCGCGAUCUUUCACGGAACAAACAAGAUCCUAUCAAGACAGACCAGGGAAAAGCUGUUGCCGAGCAGAUUGGAGCUUAUGCAUAUCUUGAAUGCAGUGCGAAGACGAAAGAGGGAAUUCGUGAAGUCUUCGAAAUGGCCACAAAAGCUGCUCUUCAACAGAAGAAAAAGAAGAAGAAGCCAUGCAGUGUACUUUAA